UCCUCUUCCCGCUCUCUCUCUCUUCUCAUUUCUCAUCAGCCCCAAAAACACUCUAAAAAAAAAAGAAAAAUUAAAAUCAAUGGAGCGAGGAGAACCCUCAUCCGACGACGACGAAGAUCUCCAAACCCUAAUCCCAAAUCACGCUCCACCUUCGAGAUCGGCCAUCUCCCUCUCUCUCCUCCUCCUCCUCCUCAUCUACUUCUCUCUCUUCAACCGCAUCUCCAUCAUCAACACCGACUCCGAGCUCAAAGCCCUCUCCUUACUCCGCAACCAGCAAACGUCUCUCCUAAAUCUCUGGAGCAAAACCCUAGCCGACUCGAACCGCUCCGGACCUAGCACUGUGCAGAUCGAGCAGUUCAGAUCGGCCAUUCUCGAUCAGAUCAAGACUAAUCGGCAGAUCCAGAUGGCGUUGCUGUCAUCGAAUGCGACGAACGACGGCAAUGUGGGCCCCGAUCUGGCGAGUUAUGGUGUGGAUGUGUGUAAAAAGGUGGGGAGAUCGAAGGAUCGGAGGACGAUCGAGUGGAGACCGAAGAAAGAUCGGUUCUUGUUCGCGAUUUGCCUGUCGGGUCAGAUGUCGAACCAUUUGAUUUGCUUGGAGAAGCACAUGUUCAUCGCUGCGGUUCUUGAUAGGGUUCUGGUGUUUCCUAGCGAUAAAUUGGAUUACAAGUAUGGUGAGGUGCUGGAUUCGAAUCAUAUUAAUGAGUGUUUUGGUCGAAAGGUGGUUGUCUCGUAUGAUGAGUUUGUUGAAGAGAGGAAGAAUAAGUUGAAAAUAGAUAGGUUUAUUUGUUACGUAGCGUCGCCACCUUGUUUCAUGGAUGAUGAACAUGUAAAGAAGUUGAAGGGUUUAGGGAUUUCCUUGGGGGAGAUUGAAGUGGCAUGGCCUGAGGAUGUGAAAUCGAAGGAGCAGAAGAAGAGGGUUGUAGGGGAUAUUAAGCCUAAGUUUAGUUCGGACGACGAGGUUAUUGCGAUUGGGGAUAUGUUUUAUGCUGAUUUGGAGGAGGAGUGGGUAAUGCAGCCGGGUGGUCCUCUUGCUCACAAGUGCAAGACUUUGAUACAGCCGAGUAGGCUUAUUGUUCUUACAGCGCAACGGUUUGUACAGACAUUCUUAGGGAGUAAUUUCGUUGCUUUGCAUUUCAGACGACACGGGUUCUUGAAGUUUUGCAAUAUGAAAGAGGAGAGCUGCUUCUUCCCCAUUCCUCAGGCAGCAGAGUGUAUAUUGCAGGUAAUUGACAGAUCCAAUGCUCCGAUCAUAUAUCUCUCCACUGAUGCAGCCGAGAGUGAAACAGACCUUCUUCGGUCUCUGCUAGUGUCUAAUGAUGGCAGGCCAAUUCCUUUGGUCAAGAGGCCCAGUCACAACAGUUCGGAGAAAUGGGAUGCCUUGUUAUACAGAAAUCAUCUUGGCAAGGUUGAGGCCAUGCUGGAUAAAACAAUCUGUGCAAUGUCAAAUGUGUUUAUUGGAGCACCGGGUUCAACAUUUACUGAAGACAUAUUUCGAAUCCGAAGAGGCUGGGGAGCUGGUUCUCAAUGUGAUGAGUACCUUUGUCAUGGUGAGAAGCCCAAUUUCAUAGCUGACAAUGAGUGAUAAAAGAAAAAGAAAAGGAAAAUAAAGAUAAAAACAGGGGAGCAGCAUAAUUAAAGCAGUAAUCGGGAGGUUUCAAUUUUUGAUUGUGUGUAUAUUCGGAUUCUGUAUGUAUAUUUUGAGUGUAUGAGCGCUCUAGCACAGGAGAGGAAGAUUUUUUUUUAUUGUUUCAGGGAAUUACACGUCCGUUUAUUUGUUCAUUGUUAAGUGUACUAUAUUCAAGAGAGAUAAUUUGAGAUCUACCAUUUUUCAAGGAUCUCUUUUGAC